AUGUCAUUCAUAAUAUUUUCUCAUUUAAGUCUUAAUACAUAUUAUUUUAUUUAUUUUAUUUCUAUUAUGAGACUAACCCUACUUGACUUUUAUCAAAUUAAGUAAUAAUUUUCUCACAUUUUCUUGAUAAUUAUUUGAUUGUAAUGACUUAUGUGAGCUCUUAUUAUGAGUUAAAAGUAAAGGAAGAAGUCCAACCUUAACAUAUUUAUUGGGCUAAGAGAGGGCAUCAUCUUGACUUAGUAUAUUUGGACUUAAAAAGACUAUCAAGAGAUGAGAUCUAGGCCGCCCAAUUUAGGGUGUCUUAAGAUGAGAUUAAGAGAAGGAUUAGAGUACCACCCCUCAUGAAAUGAUCUGGGCUAUCUAGUAAGAGAGAUAGUUAUUAAUCAUAACUGUUCAUUAGAGGAGACUAAUUCUCGAGAGAAUUAAGACAUCUCACCCCUUUUUUGGAGGGCGCUUUUUGACUCUCUCUCUAGUAGUGGCUAGCCAAAGGAAAUAAGAGGAAAAUCAAGGCAUAAUCAAAGGCAUUCUCGUGUCUAAGAUCAUCUUGGAGUAGAGAUUACUUAGAGUACAUCAAGAUCGUCUCGGAUCAAGCAUCACUAGGACUAGGAUUGAUGCACAAUGAGGUUUGUGUAAGAUCUAGAUUUGAAGCAUCCUUGUAAUUCUCUUCAUAGAUAGACUAAAUUUUAGUUGAACUAUUUUACCAUUUAUUCUAUCAUUCUAUUGCAUUAGAUCUAUUUUCUCCCCUUUGUCACACUUUUUUUUUCUCUCAUCUUUACCUUUGUUAGAUUAAUUCCGUCCUUCAUGAUCUUAAGUAUAUAUAUAUAUAUAUAUAUAAGAAAUAAAAUAAGUAAAAUUCAUACUCUCAUUGCCCAUGCUCCCUAAGAAUCAACCAUUACUUAUCCAAAAUAGAAGAGUGAGGUUUUAUAAAUCUUAUUUACAUGAACUUGGUUGCAUCAUGAUGACUUAUUUAAUGUUUAAUUCGAGUUCAUUAGUAACUUGAUGAAUUGUUGUUGGUGUUAGCCAAUCUCUAAUAGCUCUAACCAUUUCUUCAUUUACUUUGAUCCCAUUAGCACUUACAAUGUAUUUCAAAAAUAACAAAUUAGUAAUCACAAAGUCACAUUUCUUCUAGUUAAUGCAUGAUUGAUUUUAUUGUAACACUUUAAACACUGAUAUGAGAUGUUUAAUGUGUUCUUCUUCUGCAGUAUUAUAAAUAAAAAUGUCAUCAAAAUAAACAAAAAAAGUUAUCAAUUAAAGGUUUCAGAACUUGAUUCAUCACUCUCAUAAAUUUAUUGAGAGCGUUGGAUAAGCCAAAAGGCAUGACUAACUAUUCAUAAAGACUUGUAUUAAUUUUACAAGUAGUCUUCCACUCAUCUCUUGGUCGAAUUUAAAUCUGAUGGUAUCUGCUCUUUAAAUCAACCUUUGAGAAACUUUUAGAACCAAAAAGUAUAUCAACAUGUCAUCUAUGUGUGAAAUUAAAAAUCUAUACUUAACUACUAUCUUGUUGAUAGCUUUGUUGUCGAUACACAUCUACCAACUUCCAUCUCUCUUUAAAACAAAUAGAGUAGGCACAAAGUAUGGGCUCAAACUUUUUCUUAUCAAUACUUUACUCAAUAGUUAUUUGACUUAUUAUUGAAGAAUUGUUUUUUCUUUUGAAGUCAUACUAUAAUGUAGAAGGUUAGGCACGUUAGUUCUUACCAUAAGAUCAAUAUGAUGUUGUACAUCUCACACUGGUGGAAAAUGAGUAGAUACUUCUUCAAUUAUAAAAAAUUCAAAUAAUAGACUUUCAACAACUCUUGGGUAUCACAUCAGCUAUUUUAGCAUUUGA